UUGAUUUGUGUGGUUGUAUCAGUUGCCGGCACGUGUCUACCCAUAUAUGGUGUGAGCGAAGGCGAGUCCUGUCAAUCAAACGACGAGUGCGAGACUGGGCUGAGCUGUCAGUACGACGACCACUAUGUCAUCAAUCCGUCGGCGCUGUAUCAGGUGAAGGGCCGGCGCUCGUGUCAGCCCACUCUCGGCAGAGAAAUGAUGAAAAAACAGUACAAUAAUGAAUGUCAGACGAGUUCCGAGUGCGACUCGAGCCGAGGCCUGUGCUGUCAAGUGAUCAAACGGCACCGACAGGCGCCCCGAAAGCUGUGCUACUAUUUCUCGGACCCCCAGUCCUGUGUGGGUGCGGUCGACGUGACGUACGCCAAGCCUUUGCAUCAUUUGCCAAACUCUAACGUACUCUUCAAAGCGAGAAUUGGCUAAAGAAUUUCGCGGCCAAAAAGCGCACAGAAUAUUCUGUGUCUCGUUUAGCACUAAUAUAUAGUCAUUAUUAUAGGGGAGGGGCGCACAGGGAGAGCACCGACACCUACAUUACCACAUAGCAUAUGAUAGACUUUAUAAUACAGAUUAUCAAACCCUUUACUUGCCAUACAUUACAUACCUUUCCCACACAUAUGGAUAGAAGAGAUAUCUGUGACAAAAAU